AUGUCUGUCCCCGAACAAGUAGACAAGAACGUGAUCUUGCUUCCACAAACAAAUCAACUAAUUGGCCUUUACAGUAUCAUUCGUGAUCAAAGUACCAAAAGAGGCGACUUUGUAUUCUAUUCUGAUCGUAUUAUUCGUCUUUUAGUUGAAGAAGGGUUGAAUCAACUACCAGUGGAAGAAUGCAUUAUUGAAUGCCAUGGAGGUCAUAAAUACAAGGGGACUAAAUUCUUGGGCAAAAUCUGCGGUGUUUCCAUUGUUAGAGCUGGUGAAUCCAUGGAAAUGGGUUUAAGAGAUUGCUGUAGAUCGGUGAGAAUAGGCAAAAUUUUGAUUCAACGAGAUGAAGAGACUGCUUUGCCUAAAUUGUUUUACGAAAAAUUGCCAGAAGACAUUAGUGAACGUUUUGUGUUUUUGUUAGAUCCAAUGUUGGCAACUGGUGGCUCAGCAAUGAUGGCAGUGGAAGUGUUGCUUGCGAGAGGAGUCAAGAUGGAAAGAAUAUUCUUUUUGAACUUGUUGGCAGCACCUGAGGGGAUAAAAGCGUUCCAUGACAAGUACCCUGAAGUCACAAUCAUCACUGGAGGAAUAGAUGAGAAGCUUGAUGAAGACAAGUACAUUGUUCCUGGUUUGGGAGAUUUUGGUGACAGAUAUUACUGCAUAUAA